GCCGCAGGGCUGUGAAACAAAAAUUUGUUGUUCAAAAGCAAGUGGCGCAAAAACAUUAUAGUUAAUUUUUAUUUUAGAAAUGUCUCAAUCGCAAAAUAUUGCUACAGAAAAUGUUGCAGCCAAUUACCAGAAAUAUGCAGGUUUCGGUGAUAAUGCGUACAAAGAAUACGAAACAAUUUACAAACAAAUGUGGUCGAAAUUAAAUGCUGGCCAUUUGGAACCAUUCGCCAAAAUUCUAAUGGAACGUGAAAAUAUUGCCUUAAAAGCUCAAGAAGAACUAACCGAUACUAUACGUCAAAAUUUACAACAGCAAAUGCAACAAGCUUUACAUAAUUUUUGGAUUUCCAAUGGUGUAUCUGAAGCUUUGAUUUCCCUGGAAAUGUGUAAAGAGGAAUUUAAGUCUUAUGAGGGACACAAAUGGAAUAUGGAUGACAAAUCACCAUGGGAACGUACACGACCCAUACGCAUGCGUUUUAAAGAGAAACGUUUGCGAUAUUUACAGGCUCAAUUAAACUUUCAGAAUAAACAACUUGAUGAAGUUAUGCAGGAAAAUAUUGCCUUGCGUAAACAAAUACAGGACGUCAAACAUCAGCGUAUUUAUUUAAUGGAAUCUAUGGUCAGUUUUCGUAAAAAGAUAGAUGUAGCCAAAGCAGAAGUUAUAAGAUUACAAGAUCAAUUACUCACAGAAAACGAAGAAAAUAUUAAGCCAAAUAUUGCAGCUGGAAAUAAUAUAAAACUUUAGUUAUAAGCAAAAUAAUUAUUUUAUGCAAAUAAUAUAA